UCCGCUGCUGAUAGCAACCGUGCGAGGAAGAAUAAGCUCCAACGUUUCGGCAGCUUCGAGAAUCAAAGAAUUCCUCGUAUCAUGCUGCGGGUUCUUCUCGCGCUGGCGGUGGUCGCGACGGCGCUCGAGGUACCUGGCGCCUUCUGGAGCAACCGGUUUGCAGUGCACGAGAAUGCCACGUCCAACGCAGUCGCGGCCAUCGCAACCGAGCUGCUCGCCGAUCUCAAUGCCACGUCACUGCCCGACGUCCUGCCGCUACUGUCGCCGCUCUUGCGCGGCAGCCCCAUCGUCUUUGGCGACGGAGUCGCUUCGAUCGACGCGACGACCCUUCGGCUCUCGGUGGCCAAGUCACUAUUGCUGCUGCCGAGUCUCCGCGCCCCGUCCGCUCUGCACCGCGCCUAUGUCGAAGUCCACAUCGGGCUUUGGCAGACCCCGGGACCCGACGACGGGACGACCUUUAUGGUGCAGCAUAGCUACGUGCAGCUCCUCCUUGAUCUCUGGGCCAUGGCGUCCUACACGCAGCAGGCAGAGCUCCGGCAUGCGCUCAUGCGGUGUGCGGAUGCGUCAUGGCAGCAGCUGCGGACGACGCAUUUGACGCCGUGGGCACUCGUGCACUACAAGCACCUCCGCUCGACAAUCCUCUGCGAGCUUUUCGCUCUCGGAUUGGAUCCCGCGUCGUAAGACCAAAUGGAAUAGUGUCGUGUCUCAGA